AUGGAGACUUUUGAGCCCAUCAGCCAAGAGCCUCUCAGCCAAGCCAGUUGCGACAAAGCCCCAAGCCCAGUUCCUGAGCUCCAGGACCCGUUCUAUGCAGAACUGCAAAGGGCAGAGAGCCUCCAAGAGAGAAGUGUGAAGGAGGCCAAGACCAAAUGCCGGACGAUUGCAUCCCUGCUAACCGCAGCCCCCAACCCCCACUCGAAGGGGGUACUGAUGUUUAAGAAACGUCGGCAGAGAGCCAAGAAGUACACCCUAGUGAGCUUUGGGGCUGCCACGGGGACAGGCGCUGGGGAGGAGGACGGCGUCCCUCCGACUAGUGAGUCCGAGCUGGACGAAGAGGCCUUCUCCGACGCCCGCAGCCUCACCAACCAGUCCGACUGGGACAGCCCCUACCUGGACAUGGAGCUGGCCAGGCCGAGCUCAGGCGCAGCAGAGGGCCAGGGCCCGGGGCUGGGAGGGCAGCUGAGUGAGGCCUCUGGGCGAGGGGCCCAACUCUUUGCACAGCAGCGCCAGCGCGCAGACUCCAGCACCCAGGAGCCGGCCGCGGAUGGUCCAGCCGCCACGCUCAACGGGCAGGGCCUGCAGUCACCACCUCGGGCACAAAACGCUCCGCCAGAGGCGGCUGUGCUCCCAUCCAGCCCUUCGCCGGCCCCUGCAGCCAGCCCCAGACCUUUCCUCCCUAGCGGUGGAGCCUCUACCCCAGCUCCAAGCAUCUUUAACCGGUCAGCCAGGCCGUUUACUCCGGGCUUACAAGGGCAGCGGCCAGGUACCACCUCGGUUAUUUUCCGGCCCCUGGCUCCCAAGAGGGCAAAUGAGAGCCUGGGAGGCCUCAGCGCCGUCCCACCGCCUUUCCUGUCCUCUCCGCAGGGGACCACUCCUCUGCCCAGCUUCUCUUCAGGGGUUCCCAGCCACGUGUCAACCCCCGGUUCCCCCAGCACCCCACGCUCCUCCGGCCCCGUGACGGCCACCAGCUCCCUAUACAUCCCCGCCCCCAAUCGUCCUGUUACGCCAGGCGGAGCCCCAGAGCCCCCCGCCCCCUCUAGCGGAGCUGCCAUGACCUCCACCGCUUCUAUCUUCCUAUCGGCGCCUCUGCGACCUGCUGCACGCCCAGAGGCCCCCGCCCCUGGCCCCGCAGCCCCUGAGCCCUCCAGCGCUCGGGAGAAGCGCAUCUCCGUGCCAGCUGCUCGCACCGGCAUCCUCCAGGAGGCCCGGCGUCGGGGGACCCGAAAGCAGAUGUUCCGGCCGGGAAAUGAGGAGACGAAGAACUCGCCCAACCCGGAGCUGCUAUCGUUGGUGCAGAACCUGGAUGAAAAACCCCGGGCUGGGGGUGCGGAAUCUUGUCCAGAGGAGGAUGCCCUGAGCCUCGGGGCUGAAGCCUGCAACUUCAUGCAGCCACCAGGGGGCAGGAGUUACAAGACGUUGCCUCACGUGACAGCUAAAACCCCGCCUCCAAUGGCUCCCAAGACCCCACCCCCUACGACUCCUAAGACUCCACCCCCAGUGGCUCCCAAGCCCCCUUCUCGAGGGUUCCUCGAUGGGUUAGUGAAUGGGGCGGCCCUUUCGGCUGGAAUCCCUGAACCACCAAGGCUUCAGGGCAGGGGUGGGGAGCUGUUUGCCAAGCGUCAGAGCCGAGCGGACAGGUAUGUGGUGGAAGCACCUGGUCCUGGCCUUGGCCCUCGGCCCAGAAGCCCUUCUCCUACCCCCUCCCUGCCCCCUUCCUGGAAAUAUUCACCCAAUAUCCGUGCCCCACCUCCAAUUGCUUACAACCCACUGCUCUCACCCUUUUUCCCCCAAGCUGCCCGAACUCUCCCUAGUAAGAUCCAAUCCCAAGGGCCUCGGGCAGCCCCCAAGCAGGGCAUUAAGGCUUUGGAUUUCAUGCGGCACCAGCCCUACCAACUUAAAAGUGCCAUGUUCUGUUUUGAUGAGGUUCCCCCGACUCCUGGACCCACCUCCUCAGUGCCUCCCAGAACUGCCCGAGUCCAGGAGAUCCGCCGAUUUUCGACUCCAGCGCCCCAGCCCACUGCAGAGCCCCUGGCACCCACUGUGCUUGCCCCCCGAGCAGCCACUACAUUGGAUGAGCCCAUCUGGAGGGCAGAGCAGGCCUCAGCCCCUGUCCUUAGCCCAGCCCCUCCUCCAGAGUCUCCCAGGGGUCUUGGGGCUUCCCCCAGCUCCUGUGGCUUCCAGGUAGCCAGGCCCCGGUUCUCAGCUACUAGAACGGGAUUGCAGGCUCAUGUGUGGAGGCCUGGGGCAGGCCACCACUGA